CCUUUAAUAAUCAGUUAGCAGCCUGGCUGCCUGCCUGUGUCUGUUCGACCUGUUGUUGCCAAUAACCCUCCUCAACCGCGAUAUCGUGUUUGCAAUUUAUUCCUCUUGCCAGACCAUGCAGACUACCUCCUGUGAGAAAAGUAUAGACCACUUGUAGGUGUGUUCAAUAUCUUAGAAAAACAGUGUUUUGGUUUGAGGUAACGCAGUUGAUCACUCCUUGAACGGGUCUGUUUUACCAGAAGAUAAACACCACCCUCCAUUUGUCUAUUAACAUUCGGCCAACUGCAACAUCUGGCACAUCUAGCAUUCAAGAAGGUACGCGCAGCCAAUAUAAAGGCACUUUCAACAAAGGCUGAGUUUUUCAUGAGGUAGAGGCAAGUGCUGAGUCAUGGCGAGUGUUGCAACACGCACUGUGUUGAUAACUGGAGCUAACAGAGGCCUGGGCUUGGAAAUGGUUAAACAAAUGGUUGAAGGUCCCUCGCCCUUGCCAUAUUUGUUUGCCUGUUGCAGAGAACCGGAUGGACCCAGAGGAAAGGAAUUGCAAGCACUGGCCAAGAGCCACCCUGAUGCGAUCACCGUCAUUCAACUAGAUGUCGCCGACCUCUGCAGCAUAAAAAAGUGUGCGGAGAGGGUAGGCUCCCUGGUGGGGCCAGGGGGCCUCAACCUGUUGAUCAACAAUGCAGCGGUUCUUUUCCAUGGCACUUUUCAGAGCACCAGUCCAGAGGACAUGCUAACUACCUUCAACACCAACGUCAUUGGCCCAAUGAGCCUCACUAAAGUGAGGGCAGGAGGGAGGAAGUUCUUACGGCUGUAUUUCUACAUAGUGAUGGAGCUCCUCCCUCACCUACGAGCAGCAGCUUUGGCCAGCAGGACACCAGGGAUGUCUUGCAGUAAAGCAGUCGUGGUCAACCUCUCUAGCAUGGCUGGAAGCAUGACCGGUACUCCUGAAAGCUACAGCAGGUUCCCUGUGAUGUCGUACCGCAUCAGCAAGGCGGCUUUGAACAUGCUGACCAUCUGCUCUGCCUUAGAGUUCCAGAAGGAUAACAUCUUGUCUGUUCUCCUGCACCCUGGCUGGGUGAGAACCGACAUGGGCGGAAAAGAGGCGGACAUUGACAAGCUAGAAAGUGUAGGAGGCCUGCUAAGCGUGAUCGAUUCCCUGACGGAGAAGCACAAUGGAGCCAUCCUGGACUAUAAUGGUGUGUCAUUGCCAUGGUAGUCCUACAUAUAUAGCUCCAUUGUUGGAUGCUGAGUGUAUAUUCCAUGUUAUUAUUAUCUUUUACAAUACUUAAAACUUUAUAAUCACAUGUGUAAUACCAAUUUGUACAACUAUAACAUGAGUCUAAUGCUCAUGUCAUCAUUGGCUAUUGGCUAUAAGCAUUGUUUUAUAAUAACAUCUGAAUAAACUUUUAAACUUAAAAUCCUAAGAGUUUAAGUGUAUGUUUACCAGCAGGUGGUGCUGUUUAACUUGACUAUAUCAUAAAAGUGAACAUGUCUCCAUGAAUAUUGUUCAUUAUUUCUCAUUGCUUCUUCCAUCCCCUGGCUUCUUAAUAUCGCUAGAUGCUUAAUGUGAUUCUGAGGAAGAAUUAAACGUAUUCUUCUUUGCCAGUGUUGGUAGUUACUCAAAAAAAAGUAAUUAGAUACUUAUUACUGGUUACUUCUGUAAAUUGUAAUGAGAUUACUUUACUAGUUACUGCAUUUGAAAAGUAACUUCACUACUUAUUACUUCACUUUCCCGUUUCUUAAUUUACUGUAGAUACAUGGACAAACAUCAUAGCCCUAUCAUCACUUAGGGCCCUAUUUUUAACGGUCUGAAACGCAAGUGAGAAGCGCCAAGCGCAAGUAGCUUUGUGGGCGGUUCUAUGGCGAUGUCGCUAGU